UCUUCAGAGUGCAAAGCACCAAGGAUAUUGGCAAGUGAGAAGAAUUUCCAGAAUGAGUCAAGCUGAGGAAAGCAGCAUCCACUCGACGUGGAAUAUUGUGAGAUCUGUGGUCUGCAUAAUACUGAGCUUGUCAUUUAUUAUUGGGACCCCUGGGAACUGCAUCGUCAUCUGGACUGUUUGUACAAAGAUAAAGCAAGUAUCUCCUUCAGUCCUGCUCAUCUUGAACCUGGCCAUUGCAGAUGUCCUUGUAUUGAUUACUUUACCAAUCUGGAUUUACUCCUUUGCCGACUCGUGGGUUUUUGGAGUCAUCUUCUGCAAAAUGCUGGUGUUUGUGAUUUACUGCAGCAUGUAUGCCAGUAUAUUUCUGAUCACAGCACUGAGCUUGGAGCGGUUAAUAGCUGUGUUUUACCCUUUCACCAUUCAAAGAUACAAAACAAAGGAAAAGAUUUCUUUAAUCAUGUUCCUCAUUUGGUUCCUGUCUGUCGCUCUUGGCGUUUCCGUCAUUCCAUUUCAAGAGACAGAAGAGAUGGAUGGCAGGCUCCUCUGCACGUGUCGCAGCUACUCUUCUGGUAGACAGAAAGUGUCGUUUCUUUUGCUGGAGACACUUGCAGGCUUUGUAAUCCCUUUUUUAAUUAUUUGCACUUGCUACGUGUGUGUUGCAAGAAGAAUAAGCAGAAUGACUUACCAAUCCAAGCAGCGAUCGGAACGGCUCAUCGCCAGCAUUGUGGUGGCGUUCAUUGUAUGCUGGUUCCCUCAUCAUCUCUUUAACAUCCUUGAUAUUAUUUCAAUUCAGAUAGAAAUCUCUAACGAGGAAAUGUCUUUGGCAUUGGAUGACAUUGUAGAGAGAGGAGUGUACAUUUCUGGAGCACUGGUAUUCAUCAGCAGCUGCAUUAAUCCUUUACUUUAUGCUUUUGCUGCUCGAAGAUUUCAGAAUCAUCUGAGAUUUGCCAAGAUAUCAAAGCUGUUUGAACAGAUGAGUCAGACUGUAACAGAGGAAGACAAGAAAAGAAGUUUGGCUGUAACCAAAGCAGAAGAUACUUUAGUAAGCACAGAAAAUUUCUAACAAGCAACAGAGGCUUAGUGAAUAAUAUUACCCUGUGCCGAUCCUUAAGCCAUCCUUUCUCCUCAGGCUCUCACUUCUGUUUACUAAGCACUCCAGGUAAAGCUAGAGACAGGUAAAAGUUAUUAGGGUUUGGUUUAUGUAUUACCAAAGAAUUGGCACUGACAACCAAGUUCAGUUCCUGAGUUUGUAUCCACAUCGUGAAAUGAGCACUGUUUCACUGGUGCUGAGAACCUCAGCAAGGUGGCUAAAAGCUCCAAGUGUAAGGAAUGCAGCUUGCUUUCUUUGCCAUUAAAAUUAUUUGUGAUUUCUAAAAGUCUGUGUGUAGAAACCAGGAAAAGACUGUAUGUGGGAGUUUUUUUAAGUUUUCCUUAAAAAUCUAUUAUCACCUAAAGUUUUAAGAGAGCCUAUUUAAAUUCUUGGUAUGGGUAGGAAUGGUUUUAAAGUGUAUUAAUGACUUGCAGAACUUUAGUGUAGAUGGCAAAUAUAUGGCUGGUUUUAUCCAUUGCAUUAUUUAGAUUUGAAAGUAAGGAGGGUUUUUUACACAGUCAAGCUCAUUUACUGAGUUAAAUGUGAAGUGUGACAUGCCUCUUCAGAAGAAAACCAGCAGAUACAAGAGUUCUGCGUUGUAUGGCAUAGUCUCAGACUUUGUGCUGUAUGUGAUGUCAAUUCAGUGGCAAUUAAACUGUUGAUAUAGUCAUACACAAGCUAUAAGUAUCCUCAAAAAGUCUGAUUAAGUUUCCAAGGUGUCUAUUAAACUGUGGAGUCACUGGAUCAGGCUCUGGUGGAAGAAGAGAUCUUUGAUACUAUUUUUCAUGUGAGAGAAAAUGACAGUAUCAGUACAAAGUAUCUUAACACCAUGAGAACUUCACAUUGCAAAUACAAGCAUUCUUUUUUCUUCACUUGUAGAACAGAGUGGACUUUGCCAUAAGAAACCAAUGAAUUCAGCAAGGACCUUAUUUUAGUUUUGUGAAUAUACAGUCUCACUGUGGAAUAACUGUGUGCCAUCAAGUGUUUGCUAUUGAAGUGUUCUCAAUUUCAGUUGUGCCUAACAUUUUCUAGGUUUACUCUUGCUUAUUUUUUAAGUCAGUAAUUUGUAAUAAGAUCAAGAUAAUUAAUGAUUGCUAAGAAAUGUGUUGUAGUUUCCUGUACAUUGCCCUGGACAGCUGCUAAAUAGCUAUGCUACUCAUCUUAAAGGAAUUACAAAUUCUAACUAGAGCUUAAGUUUCAAAACCUGAUCAAGGGUAUUUGAGUUGUA